AAAAAAAAAAAAAAGAUCCGCAGAAAAGGAACACGGAACAGCUUGGCGAGUCGAAGUUUUCAAACACUGGCGCCGCCUCCGUUAGGCUGCGUCCCAAUUUGUUUUCUUACGCUUCCUUUCUGUAGUGAGGACUGUCUUUACAUCUUACAUAGGUUAUAUGUAAUACAUCAAUUUAAUAAAAAUAAUUGAAUACAAUUUCCUCUUCGGUAUGUUGUUGUUAUUAAAGCUUUCAAAUGAACCUUGUAGGAGAGUAGGAAAGAUAGCCAAAAAGUAGAUCGAACCCUGACUUUCAAACAACGAGACGUCAUUUUCAUGCGCCUUCACAGAUUGUUGCUAUGGAUACUCAGAGUUUGUUUAUGCGCUGGGGAGUUUAUCAAUGGCCUCACAAACGCAAAUAGAAGUGGUUGGCAUAAUUAAAGACCCAAAUUUCCAUGCUGCCAGAAGUAUAGCCGAGGUACUCAAACAACGGUUUCCUAAUGAUUUUUUGGAUCCAGAAAUUGUGCCACUUCUUGAAUUUGACUGGCAUGAAUACCUAUGGAAGAAGAAACGGGAGCUGCGUGGUGAUGUGUGGGAGUAUCCCAGCAAUGUGAUAUGCUUCCUUAAUGGCGUUCUCCUCGGUAAUGAAAAGCAACUCGCCAGCUGGGCAGAAAAUCAGUGGAAUUUCACCCUCACUCAUCCAGAGGAUUUCUAUACGGCUAUCACUGAGGAGUGCUACGCCGAACACCUUCAGAAAACUGGACAUAAGUUUGUCUUCAUGGAUAUUGUUGUAGCAGGAGAGGAUCCUCGGAGGAUAAGUUUUGAGCUGUUCUCCGAUCUGUGUCCAAAGACGUCAGAGAACUUUGAGGCUCUGUGCACAGGAGAACGAGGAAAGUCACAGAGCGGUCUCCCACUCCAUUACAAGGGCUCUCUGUUUCAUCGCAUUGUGCCCAAUGGCUGGGUGCAAGGUGGAGAUAUUUCUCCUCAUAGUAGAGGUAAUGGGGGCGAGUCAAUCUAUGGACCAACUUUUGAAGAUGAAAGUUUUGCUAUUUCCCACUCAAAACGGGGCACUCUGGGAAUGGCCAACAAGGGUCCCCACACCAAUGGAUCCCAGUUCUACAUCACCUUGCAGCCGACGCCCUGGAUGGACAAAAACUAUGUUGCCUUUGGACAAGUGAUUGAAGGUGUAGAAGUCCUGAAGAAAUUAGAAGAGAGUAAGACUUUCAAUGAAAGACCCAAAUAUGAAUGUAGAGUGUCAGCUUGUGGAGUGUUACCAAUGUAACUUUACUUUUUGAUGCAGUAAAAUCAAAGACAAAUUCACUUCUGUGUUUAUCCGUACUUUCCUGCUCAGAAAAAAACCCUUAAAUGUAAUUCUAUUGUUUUACUUUAUUUGACUUGUGAGAAUCAGAGUCCUGUAGAAAACUUCUAGUCUGUAUGUAAGAAUAGGACACAGCUUGAGUAACAAAAUUGGGUGUAUUGGUGAGACUUUUUGUUGUUGGAUUGUAUUGUUGUUAUCACACCUUUUAACAUGUAGAAGACAAAUUGUUCUCCGGACAUUUAUCUUAGCAUUUUGGAAUAUUUGCGCUGUUCUCCUUGAUAAAAAAAAAAAUUAAAAAAAAAUUUGUCAGCACAUUUUCCAACAGUGUUGCAAGUUUAACUUUGGUUACUUUUUACUUCAUUAUGUUAAAUGG